UUUGCUUUUGUGCUAUCUGUGGCGUUCUCCCUGUCAUUAGAGUCAGCCCUUGGUCUGAUGUUGAUGGGUUCUUGCCCAGGGGGUGGACUGAGUAAUAUAUUCUCCGUUUUACUGGAUGGUGACUUGUCUCUCAGUAUCACGAUGACUUUUAUCAGCAGUGUAUUAGCUUUGGGAAUGAUGUCGCUCAAUCUUUUCAUAUACUCGCAUUAUUGGGUGGCAGGAGGUCACAGCUUUCCGGUACCGUACAUUCAGAUUAUGGUGUCUCUAGCUCUCCUGUGUAUACCGGUUGCCAUUGGUAUGAUCACACGAAGCCGGAAGCCGGAAUGGGCAAAAAAAGGUGUCGCCCUCAUUCGACCAAUCGGGUUAUUACUUAUCUUGCUUGCUUUAACAACUGGUGUAUAUAGUAAUCUUUACCUGGCCGAUCAAUGGACUCUAACUAUAGUUCUUGCUAGUGUUCUACUUCCUAUCCUAGGCUUUAUUCUAGGAGCCACUCUGGCCAGGGUAUUCAGACGGGAUUUCCAGAAGACAGUGACUAUCUCACUGGAAACUGGAAUACAAAACUCAGCUUUGGCGACGGGACUGAUAAAAAUGGUGUACGAACAACCGGACAGUGACUUGCUGGCCGUGGUGCCUCUAACAUCUGCCAUGGGCCAGUUCUUUUUGGGCAUCAUGGCAUAUGUCGUAUAUUUGCUUAGUAAGGUAACAAAAAGACGAAAUGCUGAGCAGAAAGAUAAAGAACAAGUAACGGUUAUUACAGAUGAAUACACCGACUCGUUCCAAAUGUCUGAUGGCGAGGAUACAUCUCCUAAGCACAUUUCACCACCGCUAUCACCGGACAUUACCUAUGUGAUAUGA